ACUACGCAUUCGGUGUAUCCAUAUGACGCGCUACUGUGUGCCUCGGCUUUGGACGCUAUCUUAUCCUCCCUGCUUCUUCGCACUCUUUGUUAUCGCAGGAGGAGUGGUUUUGCAGCACCCGCCAUCAUUGAGAGCCGCAGAGGGCACCAAUGUUACACUGCAUUGUGACAUCAGCGAUGUAACAGGGCAAUGUAUCUCUGUGUGGUGGCUGCUGGUGCAGCCAAUGGGCAGACUCACGCACUAUGACACCAUCAACAAGACCAGCACCAUCCCUGGGAACUCAGAGACUGCUGACCAAGACUGCCCCCUGCACAUCCACAGUGUUAGCCAGUCAGACAUGGGCACAUACUACUGUGCCAUCAGAGAUUCAAGAAUGGUGUAUUAUGGGAAUGGGACCACAGUGAUUGUUACUGAUCUCCCCACCAAAGACAUUACAAUGUGGAUCAUGGGGCCAGUUCUCCAUCCUCCAGACCCUUCGGCUCCUGUAAGCCUGAUGUGCUUGGUGUUGGGGGUGGAUCCUAGUCAGUGCAAGGUAUACUGGGAAGUGGAAGGGAAGGUGGAGUCUCCGUGGCUGCCUGAGGACAAAGUGCUUGUUUCAGACUCCGUCAAAACCCAACUCUCCAUGCCAGGCCAAUCUUGGGCCGAGGGAACCCCGGUCACCUGCGUGCUGGAGACAGCCAGCGGGCUCCAUCUGAACAGAACCAUCAGCAGCACAGGAAAAGGGACACACAGCUUCUGUAUUUACCUUACUGUUGCUGUGGCGGGUAUGUUUUCCCUCAUCUUCAUCCUGACUGUCAUCACUGUGUGUGUCUCCUGGCAAGGGUACAGCAAUCGAAUGAGGACAUAUCACCCUGGUGAUCACACUGGUGCAAAGCAGUUAUCACAGGGAUUAGGAGGGGUUCAGUACGCUAGUCUGAGGUUUGCAGAUGGAAGGAGGGGGGCCGUUUCGCGCCUCUGAAGCUGCGUCUGUGUGCUGUGUUGCGUUCAAUCAGUGCUGCACAUUUUCCUGUCAUCCUCAAAUGAAUCUUCCAGUCUUCUUCUUCUUGUUACUUCCAUUUGUUUGUUCAUGAACUAUUUGUAUUGUUAUCAUGAUUGUUGCUCUAAUUUAGAAUUUUCCAUGAGACGUAAAUUGUAAAACCGUAACAAGUGAAAAACCAACUCUCAUUAUGCAACCCACAAACUGGUUCCUCAGCUGGAGUGGAAAUUGUAACUGACUCUGUUUCCUGUUUGUGCUUUCUCACACCUCACAGUAAAGCCCUUUGUUUCUCUCAUGGUUUUUCAAUAGAAACAGUGUCCCAAUUUUAGCCUCCAAAUUGGCUGACAUCGGCCAUUUCAAAUUUUUUUCUCGUAAAGUGUUCUUUUGAAUGGGUCUCCUUUUAUGGGGGUCUAUUCAGCCAAGGUGCUUGAAAAAGCUUAUUUGAGGGGAACAUUUUUUUAAACUUUCUUAUACGAAAGAAAUUCAAUUAAGUUAUUUUUCUCCAGACCCUUUAUUUGUAUGUAUAAGCCACAAGCUGUGUACCUGUAUUUUGUCAUGCUUCUCAAUUAGUUAUGUUAAUU